AUGUAUGUGGGUGAGAUCAGUGGGUGUGCAUGCCAUGCUAUGGCAUGCACACCCACUUACGAGAAAGUGUAUGCAUAUAUGCGUGUAUGGGUAUGUAUGGGUCUCGAAAGGAUCUCUGAGUAUCAGCGCUACGAUGGCUGGUUCAAUAAUCUUGCCAAUCCUCAUUGGGGUACAGUCGGAUCACAUUUGCACCGCGAUGCACCCAGCCAAUAUCAGGAUGGUGUUUACAUGCUUAAUACUAAUUUACCAUCAGCACGAGCUAUUUCAGAAUUAGUCUUCAAAGGUCCAUCUGGAAUAGCAAACAAACGAAAUGUCACCACAAUGCUUGCUUUUUUCAGUCAAGUAAUCGCAUAUGAAAUUAUGCAAUCGAGUUUAAUUAGCUGUCCGUUAGAGAUGCAUAAAAUUCCGGUACCGCGUUGUGAUCCUGUCUUUGAUGCACAAUGUGUGGGUAAAACGGAAAUUCCUUUUGUUCGUGCAAAGUAUGACAAGAAUACCGGACAUGGCUUCAAUGUACCACGUGAACAAGUGAAUGAACGUACAAGUUGGAUUGAUGCAUCAUUUUUGUACAGUACACAGGAACCAUGGAUUGCUGCGCUUCGUGCUUGGCAUAAUGGUUCGUUAUUGGAAGGACCAAUGAAGGGCUAUCCACCACUAAACGGUCCACGUAUUCCGUUGAUCAAUCCGGCACCACCGCAAAUACAUCGACUGAUGAAUCCGGAACUGUUGGGUGAUCCUCGUAUCAAUGAAAAUCCGGGUUUGUUAAGCUUGGGUUUAAUGUUGUAUCGGUGGCAUAAUAUACAGGCAAAACGAAUUCAAGAAGAACAUCCAGAAUGGACUGAUGAAGAGGGUGCUCGUCGAUGGGUCAUCGCAACGUUGCAGAAAAUAACUUUGUAUGACUUUUUACCACUCAUGUUAGCUGAUGAGGAGGCAGUUCCACCUUACGAGAGGUACAAGCCCCUUGUACCACCCGGCAUAUCUCAUGCCUUUGCUACCGCUGCCUUUCGAUUUCCUCAUACAAUUGUACCGCCUGCUUUGCUAUUUCGUAAACGAGCAAAUGGAAAAUGUGAAUUUCGUGAUGAGGUGGGCGGUUAUCCAGCUCUAAGAUUAUGUCAGAAUUGGUGGAAUGCCCAAGAUAUUGUGCAGGAAUAUUCGGUGGAUGAAAUCGUCCUUGGAAUGGCAUCGCAAAUUGCCGAAGGCGAAGAUACUAUUGUUGUUGAGGAUUUGAGAGAUUUUGUCUUUGGUCCAAUGCAUUUUACUCGUCUUGACGUCGUUUCGAGUUCCAUUAUGCGUGGACGUGAUAAUGGCUUACCAUCGUAUAACGAAUUACGACAAAAUUACAAUCUUCCGAUGAGAAAUUGGACAACAAUCAAUCCUGUGAUGUACGAGGAAAGACCGAAGCUUUUUCGUGAACUGGAAAAAUUGUAUGAAGGUGACAUUUCGAAACUUGAUGCUUAUGUUGGUGGAAUGUUAGAAACAAAUGGUGAAGGUCCAGGUGAACUCUUCCGAGCAAUCAUUCUUGAUCAAUUUUUAAGACUCCGUGAUGGUGAUCGGUUUUGGUUCGAAAAUAUUUGGAACGGGAUGUUCACCGAGGAGGAAAUUAAGCAGAUACAUUUGACAACUUUACGCGAUAUUAUCCACCAAACAACAUCAAUUAAUGAGGACGAAUUGCAGGAAAAUGUAUUUAUUUGGCAUGCCGGCGAUCCGUGCGGUCAACCGUUUCAAGUGAAUGCAAGCAGUUUGGAGCCGUGCAUACCAUUCAUGCGUUUCGAUCAUUUCACCGGCAAUGAAGUAACAUUUAUUUUUUCAUGCAUUGCGCUUGGCGUCAUUCCACUCAUUUGCAUUGGAAUUGGAUAUAUGCUAAUACAGAAGAGAAAGAAAAUGGGAGGUGACAUGGAGCCAUGUUUUAAAAAAGUUUUCCUUGAAAGUACCAAUUCGGACAAUACCAAAAUCGAAUUUGUCAAAAAGAGUAGUGAAAAAGAAAAGUUGCAUCUGUCUGCUAUCGAAUGGAUCAGUAAAAAUUACUGUCGAUCGGUGAUUGUAAUUGUUGAUGUUACACCGUUGAUUCGGUUGGAGAAACCACGGGGUGGCCUCUUGCGAUGUCUUCGUUUUAGCGACGUUAAUUUUGUAAAUGUCGCUGUUUCUGAUUUGAAUAGUUGCAAUUAUCCGUUCGUUAUGAUAUCCAUUCCAAAACACUACGAUUUGGUAAUUUGUUUGAGUAGUGAAUGCCAAUGUGCUCAAUUCCUUUAUGUUUUGAGCAAUGUUUUGAAUCGAACAAACAAACAGUUAAUCAUUCGUCGUUGUCCAAUUAAUUACAUUAUCGAAAUGGCUGAAACAAGCGAAAGACGCCAGGAGAAAUUGGACCACUUCUUCCGGGAAGCUUACGCGAAAUCAUUCAAUAUAGCGGAACUGUCGGGAGAUGUUAGCUCCGUAAUGUACGGAUCAAUCUCGGAAGAAGUUCUCAGUACGACAGUUACCAAAGCGGAAAUGGCUGAUGCCUUAGGAAUGCGUGAAAAUGAUUUAUUUGUUGAACGGAUAUUUGCCUGUAUGACAAAAGAAGAUCCGAAUUGUGUUACAUUUCUCAAAUUCCUGAAUGUUAUUGUUCGAUUUGCUACUGGAUCGGUUCGUGAUAAACUUGAAGUGCUGUUCAAUAUGUGUGAUCGAGAAGGACAAGGAAGAGUGCGCAAGAAGGAAUUUUGUGAUUUUGUCAAAUCAUUAAAUGUAGCAGUUGGAGUGAAAAUUGAGGAAGCGUUACAAGAUGGAAUAAUUGAUCGAGUGUUGCAACGAUCUGGAAUCAGUGCGGAUUCUAAAUUUUUAUCUCACAAAGAUUUCGAAGCUAUUUUUAAUAACGUAGAUGACAUACGACAUCCGAUUGGAGUACAUAUGCGUGGUGCAAAGUUAAAAAUUAAUCUCGAUGAGACAGAAAGUAUGAAUAGUUUUGCAAUACAAAAUGAAGAGAUUGGAUGGGUUCAUAUCAACUGGUACUUCUCGAUUAUAUCAUAUUUGGAAACUUAUCGUCAGCAUAUUGUUAUCAUUUUCUUAUUCACUGCAAUUAAUUUAUUAUUAUUUUUUGAACGUUUUUGGCAUUAUCGAUAUGAAACGGAACAUCGUGACUUACGACGUGUUAUGGGUAUGGGUAUAGCAAUUACACGUGGUGCUGCUGCGUCGUUAUCAUUUUGUAUGGGACUGAUUUUGAUUACAGUUUGUCAAAAUAUUAUUACAUUAUUACGUGAAACGUUAAUUCGUGAGUAUGUACCGCUUGAUUCAGCGAUAGCAUUUCAUAAAAUUGUCGCAGUAGUAGCUGGCUUCUGGGCUACGGUACAUAUCGUUGGACAUUGUGUUAAUUUCUAUCACGUUGCAACACAAAGUCAAGAUGGCUUACAAUGCCUCUUUCAAGAAGCUGUUUUUGGUUCAAAUUUCUUACCCUCAAUCAGUUAUUGGUUUUAUGGUACCAUAACUGGAAUAACCGGAAUUCUAUUGGUAGCUCUUAUGAGUAUCACUUAUGUAUUUUCAACACCAGCUGUCAUGAAGGAAGCAUAUCAUGCUUUUAAAAUCACUCAUCUUCUCAAUAUUCUAAUUUAUGCACUCACUGUACUCCAUGGGCUUCCAAAACUUUUGGAUAGUCCCAAAUUUUUAUAUUAUGUAGGUGGUCCAAUUAUUCUAUUUGUAAUUGAUCGCAUCAUUGGUAUGCGACAACAGUACAAAAGGUUGCAAAUUCUGAAUGGUGCAAUACUUCCGUCAGAUAUAAUCUACAUUCAAUUCAAAAGACCAAAUUCAUUCCGAUUUCGUUCUGGUCAAUGGGUGCGUGUCUCAUGUCCAGCAUUUUCAUGUACCUUUAAUGAACUUCAUGCAUUUUCCUUAGCCUCUGCACCGCAAGCAUCAACGCUUGAAUUGUACAUCAAAGCGAUUGGUCCAUGGACUUGGAAUUUACGAAAUCAGAUCGCAUGCGCACAUUCCAACGGAACGCCCUAUCCGGUACUUCAUUUGCAUGGGCCAUAUGGUGAUGGCAAUCAGGAUUGGCGUAAUUUUGAAAUUGCUGUGCUAAUAGGUGGCGGUAUUGGUGUAACUCCGUAUGCUUCAAUACUGACUGAUCUUGUUUACUUCAUUUGGGUAUGCUCAACACAUAAGAAUUAUGAAUGGUUCAUUGAAGUUUUACGUAGUGUGGAAGAAUCGGACAAAGAAGAUUUGUUGGAAAUACAUAUUUUUGUCACACAAUUCUUUCAUAAGUUUGACCUUCGAACUACCAUGCUUUACAUUUGUGAGAAGCAUUUUCGAAGUGAUAGCAAUGGCCGAAGUAUGUUUACAGGCCUUAAUGCUGUAAAUCAUUUCGGUCGUCCAAAUUUUGAAGCACUCUUCAAAUUCAUACAAAAUAAGCACAGAAAUAUUCAAGAAGUUGGCGUAUUCAGUUGUGGACCGAAUUCAAUCAAUAAAGAAAUUGGAAAAGCAUGCAGAGAAACUAAUAGGAUUCGAAGUGGAGCAUUAUUUUGUCACCGAUUUGAAACAUUUUAA